AUGGCGGUGCAGGCGGCGCACUUGGAGGCGGACGCCUUCCUGGUCUGCUUGAACCACGCACUGAGCACCGAGAAGGAGGAAGUCAUGGGGCUCUGCAUCGGGGAGGUUGAUACAAGCCGAAUUGUUCACAUUCACUCAGUGAUCAUUCUGCGUAGGUCAGAUAAAAGAAAAGAUCGCGUGGAGAUUUCUCCUGAGCAGCUCUCAGCUGCUUCAACAGAAGCAGAGAGAUUGGCUGAAUUAACAGGACGGCCCAUGAGAGUUGUAGGCUGGUAUCACUCUCAUCCUCACAUAACAGUGUGGCCAUCACAUGUAGAUGUGCGCACACAAGCAAUGUAUCAGAUGAUGGACCAAGGCUUUGUGGGGCUCAUCUUCUCUUGUUUCAUUGAAGAUAAAAAUACAAAGACCGGCCGGGUCUUGUAUACCUGUUUCCAGUCCAUUCAAGCCCAGAAGAGCUCUGAGUACGAAAGGAUUGAAAUCCCGAUCCAUGUCGUCCCUCACAACACCAUUGGGAAAGUUUGCCUCGAGUCGGCUGUGGAACUGCCCAAAAUCUUGUGUCAGGAGGAACAGGAUGCAUAUAGGAAAAUCCACAGCCUCACCCAUCUGGAUUCCAUAACCAAGAUUCACAAUGGCUCAGUCUUCACGAAGAACCUCUGCAGCCAGAUGUCGGCCAUCAGCGGCCCCUUGCUGCAAUGGCUGGAGGACCGUUUGGAGCAGAACAAACAACGGAUGCAUGAACUGCAGAGGGAGAAAGAAGAGCUCUUAGAGGAACUCGCUGCCUUGGAAUGAAGAAGGCGAAGGCUUCUGAGCCCCUGGCUUCGGCCUCAUCUGGUCUUGCUGCUGCUUCUGCUGCCCUUUCUUCCAUCUUGCAGCCAUGACUGCUAGAGAAUGCCAGGGCCCCUCUGCUCAGUGGCAUCCCAGGGCGGUGAGGAUUCUGUUGAGCAGGACACCAGAUACCGCAGAAGAAGAAGGAAAAAAACUUUUUUUACAUGGUGGACUUCAUUUUUUUUUCUUUCUUUAACAUAACGGGUCUUGAAGUUGUCAAGGUCAGAUAAGUAUAAGCACAGCAGCCAUUGUCCUUAUUGCAUUUGGUAGCAACUAAUUCUUGAUUAUCUCGGGAUGUACCGUUCUGGUGAGUCUUCAGAGACACGCGUUAAUUCUUUUGCCUCGUUCUUGUUCCUAUCAUGUUUCUGACUGCAGAACAAGGAUUUUGCAGGUCUUUCUCUUUUUCAAGUGGAAUAAAGUCAAAUGAUUCGAUUCCUUCUGAA